CGCACUCGGGCAGAGCCGGCGGGCGGGAGGCGGAGGCACCCUCGGAGCCCGGCGCCCGGCGGGGAGGGGGCGUGCGACCGGGGACCGGCCCAGAGGCGCAGGAUGGAGGAGGAGAUGCAGCCGGCGGAGGAGGGGCCCAGCGUCCCCAAAAUCUACAAGCAGCGCAGCCCCUACAGCGUCCUCAAGACGUUCCCCAGCAAGAGACCGGCGCUGGCCAAGCGCUACGACAGACCCACCCUGGUGGAGCUGCCGCACGUCCGGCCGCCGCCGCCCCCGCCGCCCUUCGCGCAGCACGCCGCCGUCUCCAUCAGCAGCAGCGAGCCGCCGCCGCCGCCGCCGCAGCCGCAGCAGCAGUUCCAGGCGCAGAGCUCCUACCCCCCCGGGCCCGGCCGGGCCGCCGCCGCCGCCUCGUCGUCGUCUCCAUCCUGCACGCCCGCCGCGUCCCAGGGCCACCUGAGGACUCCGGCGCCGCCGCCGGCGGCCCCCGCCGCCUCCUCAUCCUCGUCCUUCGCCGCCGUCGUCAGGUAUGGCCCGGGCCCGGCGGUCGCCACAGGCAGCAGCAGCGCGGGCAGCGACGGCGCCAGCCUGGAGCUCAGUGCAGCUUCAUCUUCCACUAGGAGGAACCUCACAUACACAGGAAUGGAUGCCCCAGUCCAAACUUCCAGGCUCUGGCACCAUGGUCUGUCUUUGGGAGAAUGGCUCAGGGAAGAGUCCAACACAGGCCCUCGAAGCCGUUUGAAGAGUCGAAUGAUCUUGGAUGCCUUUGCCCAGCAAUGCAGUCGAGUUCUUAGUCUCUUAAAUUGUGGAGGAAAGCUUCUGGACUCCAACCAUUCCCAAUCCAUGAUUUCUUGCGUAAAGCAGGAAGGCUCGAGUUAUACCGAAAGACAGGAGCAGUGUCCCAUCGGGAAAGGGGUCCACAGUCAGACCUCUGAUAAUGUAGACGUAGACAUGCAAUAUAUGCAAAGGAAACAACAGACUUCUGCCUUUUUGAGGGUUUUCACUGACUCCCUACAAAAUUACCUGCUCUCAGGGAGUUUCCCGACUCCAAACACCUCAUCGGUCAGUGAGUACGGCCAUCUGGCCGACGUGGAUCCUCUGUCAACCUCCCCCGUGCACACACUAGGUGGCUGGACCUCCCCGGCGACCUCCGAAUCCCACGGUCACCCAUCCUCUUCCACACUGCCAGAGGAGGAGGAAGAGGAGGAAGAGGAAGGCUACUGUCCAAGGUGCCAGGAGCUGGAGCAGGAGGUUAUUUCCCUGCAACAAGAAAAUGAAGAACUCAGACGGAAAUUGGAGAGCAUCCCAGUGCCCUGCCAGACCGUUCUGGAUUACCUGAAGACCGUGCUACAGCACCACAACCAGCUCCUGGUCCCGCAGCCCGCCGAGCAGCCCACCGAGGGAAGCAAGCAGCUGCUGAACAACUAUCCUGUCUACAUAACGAGCAAACAGUGGGACGAGGCUGUAAAUUCUUCCAAGAAAGACGGGCGACGGCUCCUUCGAUAUCUCAUCAGAUUUGUUUUCACAACCGAUGAGCUUAAGUACUCAUGCGGCCUUGGGAAAAGGAAAAGGUCAGUGCAGUCAGGAGAGACAGGUCCUGAAAGACGCCCUCUGGAUCCAGUUAAAGUAACAUGCCUCCGAGAGUUCAUUAGGAUGCACUGUACCUCCAAUCCCGACUGGUGGAUGCCCUCGGAGGAGCAGAUAAACAAAGUGUUCAGCGACGCCGUGGGGCACGCCCGGCAGGGGCGGGCGGUGGGGACUUUCCUGCACAACGGCGGCUCGUUCUAUGAAGGGAUCGACCACCAGGCUUCCCAGGAUGAGGUCUUCAAUAAAAAUUCCCAGGAUGGGUCCGGGGAUUAGUGGACAGAAUCUUGACACUGGAGCAGCUGGUCCUCUCACGAGUUCCAGUUGUCCACAUCCUGUUACCCUCACCUGCGAGUCCAAAGCACGUCCUUCUGCCAGACUUGACACAUCUCAAACCUUAAGUCUCUGACCUACUGCCACCAUUCCCAAACAGAAAUCCAUUUUAGGGUUGUUUGGGAAGUCUGUGGAACCUACAACAGGCUUUCAGGAGAUUACAAAAAGCAAAGAACCACAAUUGCGUUGAAUUGAUUGCUAGCUAGACAGUGAGGCUGAAAACAAUAGGGGAGCUCCUGGUCACGUGUCCGAAACCUUCACGUAAGCUCUGCUUCCCGAGCAGAGCCGGUCCCCAUGGAAGGCCGGGUUAGAGUAGAGAAGACAGAGACAUGGAGUUAUUUUAAGGGACG